UGAGAAGCUUGAAUUUGAAAUCGGACUUCGCAAAUCAUGAAACUAGACCUUUCGAAAUAGAAAAUAGAACAUAGAUGAUGGCAUGAUGGCAUUGAAAUCAAAUGCUCCAACUAGAGCAUUCAUUCAACAAGUUUUAGUAAAGGAAUGGCUUGAGAGCUGCCACAAGGGGGAGCUACUGUCUGCUUUGAAGCAGCACUGGAAGUGUUAUGUACUGGUUGUAUUAGGACAUGGAUAUGACCCUGCCAAAGAGGACCGCCUGGCAGAAAAGUUUCUGUUCCGGCCUAUGGAGUAUUUCCUUUGUAAUGGUGACCCUGAAGUCAAGUUUAAGGAACUGAAGGAAAAGGACUGUCCAGCUCAGCUCUGUGGCAAAGUGUUUAAGUAUGGCGAGCCCACAUACUCAUGCAGGGAUUGUGCCAAUGACCCGACAUGUGUUCUGUGCAUAGACUGUUUCCAAAAAAGUGCUCACAAGAAACACAGAUACAAGAUGAGUACCUCAGGGGGAGGUGGGUACUGUGACUGUGGCGACAGUGAAGCCUGGAAGACCGCACCAUUCUGUAGUAACCACAAGGCUAAACAGCAGGAAACCUCUGGAGGGGAGAACCCUAUGGAGAAGCUGCCAGAUGAGCUAACAGACCGAGCCAGUGCCCUACUGAUGGCCGUGCUGCGUUACACGAUGGAGAUGCUGACAUGGGACCAGUGUGACAACCUGCCCCCAGACCUCCAGCCGGAGGGAGAACUCGAAGACAGCUACAUCACCAUGCUAUUCAACGAUGAAGUUCACACUUACGAACAGGUGAUCGUCGCUCUACAGAGGGCUGUGGAUUGUACCCAGAAAGAGGCUGUCGAGUUCGCUACCACUGUGGACAGAGAGGGAAGAAGCAAUGUGAGGAGUGGCAAUUUUUCUUCUUGUGAAAAAGCUCGCAAUGUAAUAGAGCAUAACACCUCCCGUCAUGGUAACAAGCCCCUGAAGGUACAGGUGAUGCACACUAUCGUGGUAGCCCACCAGGCAUUUGCCUUGAAAGUCAUCCAGUGGUUGCAGACCAUCAUUGCUAAGUCAGAUGGACUACGCCACUUGUUCUGUGUCCUGAGCAUGCAGCCCCAGGAGGACGGCCAGUCUAUCAUGGAGAAGCUCCUUCUGAUUGAUACACAGCUGUGGAAAGUGGCGAGGGUAAACAACCACCAACUUAUCAUGGCAGGUGUGUUAAUGGAUCUGGAGUGUAAAAAACAGUUUGCUAUUCUCUUCACCAAGCAUUACGCAACGUUGGUGAGGGAUUUUAUUCGGGACGACCACUAUCGCUCAGUGUCCAUUACCUCUCUCUCUGUACAAAUAUUUACAGUCCCAACAUUGGCACGGAUGUUGGUUACGGAACACAACCUGCUUGAUGUCAUUAUGCAGUCCUUCCUCAAGUGUUGUGAGGAGAAGAAAAAUAACGAGGGGAAGCUGGCUUUUGACCGUGGGGAUAGGAAUCAAGCUUUUAAGAGAGCCUGCUACAUGCUGUAUGAUAUGAAAUAUGCCCUCACCUGUAAACCAUCAGAGGAGGAGUGGACAGAUAAGUUGAGAGAAAAUUUCCUCAAGGGUUUACGAUCUUUCCUGUCUCUUCUCAAAAUGAUGCAGAGUAUGGAUGCAGUCAUCCGACAGACCGGUACCCACCUGGAGUACGAGCCUGAGUGGGAGGGAGCAUUUAACUUACAGCUCAAACAAGAUGAUAUCAUCGCUGAGUUCAUCAACUGGUGUGGCCAGGAUAAAGAAACCCUGAUAGGUGCUUACAAGAUCACCAUGGAGAUUUUGUCACAGUGUAAAGACAAACCAGCAACGGUGAAGCAUAAGUUCAAAACAGUGGCGGGAUUCAAGGCCAAGUGUGUGCAGUACGAUGUGUCUAGUCAACAUGUGUCCAUACACCUCCCACUCACACGGUUCAUGGCAGGACUCCACCUACAUCUUGAGAAGCAUGGUCUCAACUUCAACUCUCCAGAACUGGCCAUGGAUAGUUUGACUCCAGUGGACCUGAUAGAACCACCCCUUCGAGUGCUGGUGAUGAUUGCUCAAACCCAGGCUAACAUGUGGCGCCGCAAUGGAUACGGACUUCUCAACCAGAUAUUUUUCUAUCACAAUGUGAAAUGUCGAAGGGAGAUGUAUGACAAAGAUAUUGUUAUGCUGCAGGUGGGAGCCUCUGUGAUAGACAGCAAUGAAUUCCUGAUUCAUCUACUUAACAAGUUUAAUCUGCUGGCCUGGGCCAAUCCAGAGUAUGAUGUGCCAGGAAGUCAAGAAGACAUGAUUAAACAGACAGUGACUUUAGCAGAGGAAUUCCUCAAUAUCCUCAUCAUUAUCAUAGGCGAGCGCUAUGUGGAGGGCAUUGGUAACGUGACAAGUGAAGACACAGUUCAAAGGGAGAUCAUCCACCAGCUGUGUAUAUCACCCAUGGCCCACAGUGAGCUGUCCAAGGCUCUCCCUGAGGAUAGCAAUCAUGAGACUGGCAUUGAACAGGUUAUCGACCAAGUCUCUACAUUCAAGAAGUCAGCAUCAAACUCUUCAGGGCGAUUUGAACUGAAGAAAGAGUCGUACCAAGAAUAUAGCAAGUACUUCUAUCACUACAGCCGUGCUGAGCAAUCUAAGUCAGAGGAGGCCCAGAUAGAGAGAAAGAAGCAUGAAAAUGAAGGUCAAGCCCUGCCACCUCCAGUCCCCCAGGAAUUUAAGCAGAACUUUCAGCCUAUUACCAACCUUCUUCAGUGCGACUUAAUGCUGUACUUGAUGCACCUGUUACUGCAGAGGACAGCUGCCAAACGGUCAAGAUCUUGGUCAGAGGGACAGCUGGACAGGAUCUUAUAUAUCAUUGGUCUGGCCCUGUUGGAACAGAGGAGAGCUAUCACCGAGGGAGACAACUCAUUCAACUUCUUGUCCAAAGCCCUUGAUGAUGAAAAGAACAUAAUGAGCAUAAUGGAAGGACUGGUUGGCAGUGCCAAUUUGACCCAUGAAUCAACCAAAGAUCUUCUAACAUGGACACUUAAGCUAUUUUUGGAAGUGCGUAAAAUGAAAAAUGACCCCGUCAGUAUGGACACAUUAGACCAACUCUCCAGUUGUACCAACCAAAAUCAUGAUGAAACAAAGAAACUGAAGGCCAAGAUGGCUGCCAAACGACGUGCAAAAAUCAUGGCGCAGAUGUCAACAAUGCAGAAAAACUUUAUCAAAGAAAAUGCCGAGUUAUUCCAGAGUGCUGAAGCUGAACUGAGUCGGACAUCAUCUGAUAUGGACAUUAGUGAUCUCCAGAGUGGAGGCUUCCCCGUGGCUCUGGGAAAGAAGAGGAGUAAGGUGGUCAGUCCUGUUCCCUGUAAAGGAAUGUGUAUUUUGUGUCAGGAAGAACAGGAAAUCAAACACAGUGGCCGUGCAAUGGUCCUGGCAGCAUUCGUACAGAGGUCUACGGUGCUAUCCCAGUGUCGGAGUAAGGUUAUAUCUAAGGAAGACAACCAUGACUACCUGUUCAGUCCUUCUGAUCUCACUACAGGCACUUACACUAGCUCCUGUGGCCAUGUGAUGCAUUUUGACUGUUGGCAGAGGUUUUUCGAUGCCGUGGUGAUGAAGGAGAGGAGGCGGCCAAUACGGUUCCGUUCCAACCUGAGUUAUAACAUCGACCAGAAUGAGUUCCUGUGCCCUCUCUGUGAAAGUAUAAGCAACACUGUGAUACCUGUUGUUCCUUCUCUACCUUCUCUUAUCCAAGACAGCAAUAAAGAUAAUGUAAACCUGACAUUCAAUGACUGGCUGGACGGUCUACAUAAAUCUGUUCAAAGUAGUAGAAAGGACAAGGAGGACAAGGAGGCCAAAGACAUGGUCGCCUAUGAGUUUGAGCCUUCUCCUCUACAUGCAAUAACCAAGAUGAUGGCUGAGAGUGUGGCCAUUAACUUCAAGCUUCUGUGGCAGACGUUCCAAAACGACAGUACCCUAUUUGCUCAAAGUUUGACUGAUAUGGUGAAGAAGUUUGGCAGGGAUGUCUACUCGUUUGGUUUGAAUGUGGAACCUGAUGAUGGAAAUGUGAGAGUACCUCUCAUAGCUUGGUCAUCUUGUGCCUUCACUUUACAGUCCAUAGAACAACAGCUCAACAUGGAAGAGAAACCCCUGUUUGGAUCACUGUCCUCACGCCAGUCUGACUGCCUCGCCUCUCUUAUCAAGUUCGCCUGUGUCUUCAGUCAAGUGAUCCCUCAGGACCUAGUCAAGCAGCACUGCCUACGACUGCUUUCUGCUCUAAUGCCUGAGAAAGAGAAGAAAAGGAAGGAUGGCCAGAGUUUACUGGACAUUGACAUGUUUGACUACCUGCUGACCUUGACUGUGACCUUGCCGUCACUGUAUGCAGAUAGUCGGGUUCCUUCUAUGAGUUCUAUACCUACAGGCGGGCUGGGGGAUCAUCACACCCUCCAGCUGGUGCUGACUGCUCAUAUAGUCCAGAUAAUGCUCACCUGUGAUAUACCCUCUCAAGGAAUGAUGGAGAUAGAAGCUGAUAGCGAAGGUGAAGCCUUACUCAGGAUCUACACUCAUAUCAGGAAAGAGGCUAAGAUGGAAGGAGAGAACCAACCUCAACCCUGGCAACUCAGCCAGUACCUACGGAAAGCAUGUCUGCCAUUCCUGCGAUGUGCAGCCCUACUGUAUCGACAGAUCACAGAGGUACCAGCUCCCAGCAGUCUUCAAGAGUUGGAGGAUGAUGAGUUUGAGCCACUCUGUCGUUACCUGGCUCUCCCUCAACACUUGUCUACGCUGUUUGAAAGUCAGGGAGAUAUCAUCAACAGCUUGGUCAAACAGUGGUGCCACAAUGACAAUAUUGGCAGUCAGAUGAUGACGGCCAGCAGUGAGAAGGUCGUCUGUUACCCACUUAAAGUUAACCGGUUGGUCACGCUGCCUGAGGAUUACAGUGAACUCAUCAACGAGGUCUCAUCUUUCACCUGCCCCAAGUCUGAUGGUGAUGAGAGUCGAGCACCCACUAUGUGCCUGGUGUGUGGUAAGAUGCUGUGUUCUCAAAGCUAUUGCUGUCAGGCUGAUGUGGAUGGAACCACAUGUGGAGCUGCUACAGAACACACAGUUUCAUGUGGUGCCGGCAUUGGAAUAUUUCUCAGGGUGAGAGAAUGUCAGAUUCUACUUCUGGCAGGUAAAUCUAAAGGCUGUUUUGUACCAUCUCCUUACCUGGACGUGUAUGGGGAAACAGAUCAGGGUCUCAGGCGUGGGAAUCCUCUGACGUUGUGUAGGACGAGUUAUAAAGCCCUGGAGAAACUCUGGUUCACCCACUCCAUCCCAGAGACUAUAGCUCACAACCUGGAAUCUCACAGUAACCUCCUCACCAUUGACUGGCAGCAUCUAUGACGGCUGUGAUUUAGAUAUUGGAUUGUUUGACUCUCUUCUUCCGUGUACUGCUCAGGACUGUAUCGGUGACCUUCAAUGAACCAAUGCCCACUGAAAAUUUGUGAUCAUUUAUAUGGUAUAUUGGUUUGUGGCACCUCGUAACUGCUACGGAAUUUCUGAGAUGCAGUACGUAUACCCUUUAGGGAUGUUUGACAUUUGACAGCUAAUGCCUGCAGUGAUAAAAAUAAAUCACCGGAAGUUUUGCUUAUUGAUAUUUUCGCUAGCGAUUUCUACCUCUAUUUAAAGGGACAACUGGUACAUUUUGUUCUAGACACACACAGUAAUCACUGAUACUGUAUUGAAUGUUUUGGUAUUGGUAGUCCUUACCUGGUAGUUGGUAGACGGCCAAUAUUUAUACAUACCAACUCUGGGUAAAUAUGCAUGUAUAGUGGGUGAAUAAGCACGAAUAAAUACAUGCCACACAAAUUUAAGAGAUUAAUUAAUAUAACUGAGUUCUUUUAAUUUCUUUUACCACAGUAUAGUACACUGUGAUAUUUAACUAUUUAUCACACUUCAUACCACAAUACACCUAGAACAAUAUCUGUGACUUUGACUAUUGUUGAUUUAUGCAGAAGUCUACUUGAUAUGAUAGGAAUUCAAUAGAAAUUUAGUUUUUGUUUGUUUAUUUGCAUACCUGCUUUGCCUUGAUAUAUUGAUUUCUGGAAAUUGUGGAGCAUAUAUGUACACAGCAUAAUACAUAUAUAGUGCAUAACUUUGUAUCAGUCCUCUGUGAAGAACUGGUAAUGCUGCACGCCUAAAGAUACUACAUGAAGUGAGCAGUCAUUAAUUAACGAUGUUCGUAAAAAGAUUAACUUAUUGAUUAAUUAAAGUUAUGUAAUAUGGGUAAUACAUAUUAGGUGGCAUAGUACCUACUUCAGGUAUUGUGAGAAAUAGGAAAAUUGUUCUGUUUAUUUCAUUGUAAUGGAAGCCUAUUAUUAAUUUGUCUUUGGCUUUAUAAUAAUAAAUUGGUAUCUCUUGGAGUUGAACAGAGUGCUGAGAGGGUGUGCACUUCUGGGGAACUGUGAUACGGGCCGGGACAUAUACCAAUAUAAUAAAGGGACACUUUUGGAGAAUAUAGGUAUGGCCAGGGACCUACACCGAGACAAUGGAGGGACCCAAAGGGGAGUAGAGGUACAGGCAGGGACCUACACCCAGACAAUGGAGGGACCCUAAGGGGAGAAGAGGUACAGGCAGGGACCAACUCCCAGACAAUGGAGGGACCCUAAGGGGAGUAGAGGUACAGGCAGGGACCUACACCCAGACAAUUAAGGGACCCUAAGGGGAGUAGAGGUACAGGCAGGGACCAACUCCCAGACAAUGGAGGGACCCUAAGGGGGGUAGAGGUACAGGCAGGGAGCUACACCAGACAGUAUAGGGUGUAGGGACCUUUUAGGGGAAUACAAGUUUGGGCAAGGACCUGCACACAAACUAUAGAGGUACACUUUUGGGGAGAAGGAGGGAAUACUGUUUUUGGGAGAAGAAGGGAAUACUAGGGGGAAUAGAGGUACAGGCAGGAACCUAUAUCCAGGCAAUGGAGAGAACCUAAUGAGGAAUAGAGGGCAGGGACCUACACCCAGACGGGGAAUACACAGGCUAGGGUUGUGUACUGUUACAGCACAGAUAGACUUGCUGGAAUCCACACUGAUAUUCUAUACUGCACUUCAAUCUAGAAAUAACUUGUAACCCUAGUACCCUGUAAUUGGACUAUACUUUAAAAGUGUAAAACAACAAUAACUAUGUAAGUUGUAUGAACAUGUUAUUGCUAUCAUGACAUCAUGUGUUACUUUUUGCCAAUAUUUGUAAUUUAUCUUUAGUCUAAUUUUACGUUUUGCAAUUUCGUAGAUAUCAAUAUUUGAUAAAUCAAUGAUAGUAAAUGAAAUCAAUUAUGUGGAUUCUGGUAACCUGUCAAUAUUUGAAAGAACAACCUGGAAUGUUUUGCCCCAUUUGUACUCCCGAGUUUACCACUAAGAUUGUUUUAUCUCGAAGACACAAUAACUCAGGACUUGUGUGUGUUAUACCAUGGCACUGUGCAAAUUGUGGCCCGAAAUUAUCACUGAAUCUGUUUACUUCUUCUACAUAUUACUCUGGAAUUUGGUGUGUUAUGCUUGGUUCUGUGCUAGCUGUGACCACAGACAUAACACCCAAUAAUUUAUGAGAUUUAGCCCUUCAGUUUAUCACAAAGGUCACUAUAUCUCAGGACAUAGAUUCAUUUUAAGUGCUAUUUUGUCUUUACCAUAGUGCAUUAUUUGAGUUACUUGUACAUGCCACUAAUGUUUGUUAUAUUCGUGAACUUCAUGUACUAAAUCAUAUAUAUUGGACUUGGGGACUUGAAUAUUUUUGUUUGUUUGAACUCUUAUUUUAGGGUGCUUUGUUUAAGAUAGUCUUGAUAAGUUAAACAGUUUUGGUUACUGAGAAACUCUACAACAAAAGUAAGUGAAAAUGUGGAGUUAAUUCCUAUGUUAAGGUUAAGCGAUUCAGAUUCAAUGUACAGGUAUGUCUGACUGGCCUUAGAGAGCCCUUUUCUUUGUCAAUUCAGUUUGGCACAAGAGUGCCCCUGCAGACUCCCAGACCCUCCAGUCCUUUAGACACCAGAGAGCUCUUUGAAAAUUAUCUUGUUUGUUUUUUAAAUGCGUCAUCAAAAUUCAGAUAAGUAUUCCCAAAUAUUUAACGACAGUAUGAAAGAAAAACAUUCUUUCAAAUCCCAGAUAGAGUCAGAAUGAGUAUCACUUAAAGCGGGACUCGGGGAUGUUUGAAUAAAGGAAAGAAAGAGAAAUUCAGUGAUAAAAUCGCUGGAAAGAAAAGUGCUUUUCUCCACAGUGGUUUGUUUAACAAAAAAUGUGCCAAAUUAAAAGUUAAAUAAUAUAAAAAAGUAAAGUACAUCAAAUGACCAAAGAGAAUGCCAAUCAUUGGGUGUAACUCAAAGUGAUCCAUAUAAAUAACCUCAAUGAUGUUCACUGUAUUCUGAAACUGCCAUUAUCCGUCACAGAUGUUUAUACUUAUUUUGUAGUUUCAACCAACUCUCUAUAUGAACGUAAAACUAGAAGUAGAAACAUCUCACUUUUAGGAAUAUAUAUACAUGUAAUAACAUUAUCAAGCUUGAAUUAUGUAAUCUAUAGAUGCUUCUUCAUUUUGGUUCGGUUUCUUGAAACAUCUGAACAUUUACCCCCCUAUUAUUCUGAUGUAAUCUAAAGCAUGUUUGUGACACCAAGGCCUUGUACUACCAUGAUGUUAUAGAGUCAGAUCCAUGUAACAGGUUAGGUAACUUUCCAGUCAGUGAAUGAAAGUGCCCUCUUGGCUAUCCUAAUACAUUUAAAAGCCGAGGAAUAUGCAUGUGUGUAUUGAAUUUAAUUUAUUUUUAAAGAAAUAUUGUUUUAAUGAUUAUGUUGUUAAAUGAUAUGGACAAUAAACUGCAGUACAAUUUCUCUGACUAUUUCUGGUAGGGCGGUGCACACUGUUUUAUCACAUGCUGUGAAGCCUGUUAGUGUGAAUUUUAAAUGGGGAUGGAAGUGUUGGAGAUUGAAUUAAGUGCUGGUCCCCACUAGCAGGACUGGAGUAGGCUCUGACUACUAGGAUUGAAGCACAUGUUAAGGUUGCGUUUGUUUACUUAAAAAGCGUGGGCCUACUAUUAUUAUGUUAUAUGAGAAUACAGUGUUGUAGGUUACAUGUGUACAUAUUAAACUAUGCCUUUAUUAUGGCUUCCUC